AUGAUACUGUUCCAGCGUUUCUGCGAUACUGAAACUUUGCCGGAGUUGGGAAAGCUUUCCAGCAUCGUCAGGGAAAGUAUGCAGCCUACUCUUGCAAAGUUCGAGAAGCACCUCACAACCCGUCGCGCUUUCCAGGCGGCAAGCACUCUGACACCACUGUUGAGUCGAGCUGCGACAUUGGCAACGCAGUGCUGCGCCCUCGCGAUCCGAGGACCUUGGAGCCACGGCGUGGUCCUUCCGUUCUGUGAAGCCGUGUCUGACCUGGCAGAGGUCUUCAAUGUCGCCAUCAUGGCUCGCGCGGAGCUGUGUCGCCCCUUUGAUGCUCCCAGGAUCUAUGCUUCUCAUCGGCGCUUCGCAGACCUAGAAGCCACAGCCAGCCGAGCUGUUUCCAUGUGCAGUCCAGCAGCUGGGAACAUCAGCAGGACUUUAGCCCCCUUGCCCCCAAAGCCGGAGCAUCACUGGAGAUAUGAUCAGCUGAGGCAGUUUUGGUCAUCAAGCUGCUCACACAAGUUCUUGGAUGGUGCUGUACCAAUCGAUGAGUUGGCGAUCCUGUUGCUGCAAGCUGCAGGCGCAGAGGUUUCCUUGGCCUACCGGGAGGCCCUCAUGCGGAGGCUCCAUGGUGCUUCAUUGCGGUUUCCCGGUAAAGUAUGUGCUGAUGAAUUGGAUUGCUGUUCUGCGGAGAUCCGCCGAAACGGCGGUCUGAAGGCGUGGGUGCAUGCAGUUGUACUCGGAGGUGAUCUGAGCAAGACAGCGGCCCUCAAAGGAGGCUCCACGGUCUCGCCGCGGCCGGGCGAACGGCCCUUCCUGUUGACAGCAACUUUGAGGAAGCCCGAGACAGAAAGUUCUCUGACAGAUGUGGUGGCACAAGGUUUGUUGAAGGCCUCACAGCGGCUCAUCUUGGGGGACAAGGUUUCCCCGGACAGCCGAGAUGCCCAUGGGGACACUGCGUUGCACUUGGCAGCCUCUUUGGAUUUCAAGCAUGGAUCCUUGGGAGCAUUGCUGUUGAGCAACGGAGCAGACAUCAAUGCGCAGGACAGAUAUCUUGCAACACCUUUGCACAAGGCAGCUGCUGGGCAGAGCAAUUUGGCCAAGGAGCUUGUGAAGAAUGGAGCAGAUGUAGGUCGGGAAGAUCGUUGGAGAUCUACUCCUUUGCACAAAGCUGCAGAGCAUGGAAAGGCAGAAUUGGCUUCACUCUUACUCAGUGAAGGCGCAGGCAUCUCUGCGGAUGAAUGGGGUGCCACACCUCUGCACCGCGCCGUGCACCGCGGACAACUGGCCGUUGUGGAAACACUAUUGGCCAACGGUGGAGAUGCCAACGCGGAGGACCUGCAGUGGGCGUUUUCAGGUCCAGAGCCAUAUUGCAGCUGCACCCUCAGCUUCCUUGUGCUGGGCGUGGCUGCUGCCUUCUGCGUAGGAGUCACUCGGGAAGAGGACUCUUGGGAAUUGGUGACAGAUCCGGGUCCGGAGGUCCCAGAACUGGCUGCUGAGGUCGCCUCAGCCACUGCGGCAUCAGGGGCUGAGUUCCGCGCUGCCAAUUUUGUGCCUACCAUUGAUUUUGUGGAAGAGGAAGCUGGAGCGCUUUUUGCUUCAGACACCAACACUGCUUUGGGUGAGUGGCAUUUUGAGCGGUUAGCUGGAUUAGAAGCAGAUCCUGAUUUUCCCAGUCCGGGAGUUGCUAGGGCUCGUCUCGCCCGUGCCGUCAGAGCUGGCCUUGGGGCUCGCUACAAGCUGGACCGGCGCGCUCGGACGACUUGCAAGUCUCCCCACGUGCCAGGCAUCAAGCGCUGGUACGUUGUGUUGCGCUCCAGGGAUUUUCCUGAGGGCUUCAUCACUGAGGCCAUCGAAACAGUUCUGCAGGAAUGGGUGGACGGCGAGGGCUACCCUGUGGCGAUCUACGAGGCAGCCGACGUCGUCAUCGAGACCAUGCGGGGCCGGACUUUAGGCACUGCAAGCGUCUUGUUGGUCGACAUGCCCUGGCUUGGAGCUGCGCAGUUUCGGCGGCCAAUUGCUCUUCGUCGAGAUGCCACCGACAGCAUCCUGCGGAUCACUGUGGAGGACCAGAUUGGGCGGCCCCGGUCGAACGAGGCUUGGGCGGCCUCGGAAGCCUGGUUGCUGUCAAAAGAGCCGGACGAUGUCCUCCAGGAGUACUACUCGGCCGAUUCUGGCGGAGGGGGCGAAGAGUUCCCAGAGCAGAUCCCUGGGGCCGACCAUGCUCCUGUUGGAGAAGAUCAGUCAGAUGUGAUUCGGCAAAUGCAAGCUCGAAUCCAGCAGUUGGAGGCAGAAGCUGCUGGUCGCACCAGCCUCUUAGCCGCCCCUGCGCCUGCUCAGGAGCUGUUCCCCAUGCAGAUGGCCGCUGGCGGCCUGCGUCAAGAAGAUUGGGACCAACUUCAGAAGCUAGCAGGACCUGCACCGAAAAGAGCUCCUCGACCAGAAGCAGCUACCGCUUAUCGAGGCGAGGAGUUCGACACGCAGGCCGAGGUGCGAUUGGAGGCCUUGCUGGCUCGGAUGGGCCCCAGGUCAAGCGACCCUCUGAGCCAAGUUCUCUCGGGGUCCUCAGACUCGACCCAAUCCUCUUCGGGAGUGAAGGGGUGCCAUGCUCGCGAGAUCUUCAUCAAGCACAUGGAAGAUCUUCCUAUGAUCGCUCGAGUGACGCAGCGCAAUGUGCUUCAAGACAUGGGGUAUUCUCAGCCCUUCCCCGGCUUGAUGAGGGAGUUCAUCGAGAAGAGAGUGCCCCUGGGAGACAUGCGAACAUUGACGCUUUUGAGUCAUUUUAUGGCAACUGGUUGGGAGAUUGGUUUCAACCUGAACGAUGCGAACAUCAUGGGACUUAUGGCAAAGGGACUCAUGAUGACCGAGCAGUUUUGUUUGGAUGGUGGCAGGACGACCAUGGGCUGGCUGCUCUCCGCAGUGGCAGAGCCAAACUUCGCUGCCAUCGAACGGAACAAACAACGUCGCGGGCUCCGUCCUUACUCUCGCCUUGCGAGUCCAAGUUGGGUGGCCGCCAACAUAGCUUUUCUCAAAGACAUGGACUACAUGGAGUCGAGGCUCAAGGAUGGCACCAAGCACGACAGCAAAAGCGAGUGGGACAAGGACAUCGACAAAGACAAAGACAAAAAGCCCAAGCCGAAGCCAAAAGGCAAAGGGAAUGGCAAGACCAGUGCCAAGACCGCGGCAGCCGAAGCCUCGGAAGCGACAUCGACUGGAUCUCUGGCCGUGUCCUCCACCUGUGUGGAAAUGGACGGGACCUUCAGCCCUGUCACCAGCGCGCCGGAAGCGCAAGAAGCAUCUGGAUAUGGCUACUCCCCUUCACAGAUUGCUAUGAUUGAGCGGCUGGAGGGACUUGUAGACUAUUUUUUAGCUGCGGGCGAUUUCGACUCCGCAUCACUGGGCAGGCUCCCAGGGGUAAAGUCCACUGUUCCAAAGCUGAAGUUCUCAAACUGGCUGAAGAAGUGGGACUCCAAAGGGGCUUGUGCAUUGUUCAUGUGCAGCGAGGUGGCUCAUGAUGAAGCCGUGGGGAUAUUCGCGGUAGCCAAAGAUGAAACUCAUGACCGACUGAUCCUCAACCCCGUUGUCACUAACGGACGCAUGCAGCAUUAUAGCAACUACACGCGUAGUUUGGCCCCGGGUUCCCUAGUUUCUCUUAUUCAGCUAGCUGAGGACGAAGUCCUCCGAAUUUCAGCCGAUGAUCUAUCAGAAAUGUACUACACAUUCAAAGUUCCGCCAGACCGAGCACGGCGGAAUUGCAUCCGAACAGUUUUCAAGCCACAGGAGAUCCAGCAUCUUUCAUGUUUUGAUCCUUGCAAACACACAGGGCCAUGCUUUGUGGCGUUGGCCGCCUUGGCCAUGGGCGACUCGUUGGCUGUUGAAAUAGCGCAGCAGGCGCAUUUCCAAGUUCUGUCUCAAGUAGCAGGAUGUUUGUUAGAGCACGAGCGGGUGGCAUAUCGCCGUGCCUUCCCUCGAGGACCAUUCUAUGAAUUCCUGUCGAUUGAUGAUCACCUAGGACUUCAGCGUAUUUCCAAGAGCGCCUAUAGAGCCAGUGCAUUAGCCAGGGAUGAUCAAGUUUUCCAAGCUGCUGCCAAAGCUUACCGGCAGGUUGGCCUGCGAGUUCAUCCUGGAGUGGAGAUCAAGGACAAAGGCCUAUCGUUUGGAGAUCUUCUGGAUGACUCAGUUUUUCAUGAAGUCCUUAGCCUAGCUCUACGAGGUGAUGACGAAUCUUCCAGCUUGGAUCGUCCGAGCUACCGGCCUUGGUAUGAAGAUGCCGAGUGGAUUGCUGAAUAUUCGGACUCUGUGCACUUCAAAGAGUUGCUCAGGUGGCUCACUUCUUUGCGAGCUGGAAACACUGAUGAUUUUGAUUUAGUGGUGAUGUCAGCAUCUCUUGGGCGAAACGCAGCUCGUUGGCUGCGCUUGUUGCUAUUGCUGGGAGGUGACAUUGAGAGGAAUCCAGGACCGCAGAAGACCCAACGAUCGCCCCGUGGACCGCUCGACGCUGCGGUCGGGUUUGCACCAGCCACGAGUCGCCGCAUGGAAGAUUGUGUCACUGGUUUCAAGCUCUGGGUAGAUCAAACGUUAAAUUCGAGUUUUUCUUCGCUGGUUCAGUCACCUCACGGAAUGGCGCUCGCCCUCCGAGCUUACGGCAUGCACCUUUUUGAGCAAGGUUUUCCCAGAUACUUGUAUGUGUACGCCAUCACUGGCAUACAGAAUCUACACCCACAUGUUCGUCCAUAUAUGAGCCCUGCCUGGCAAGUGGAUCGAAGAUGGCAACUGCAUGAGCCUGGUGAGUGCCGUCCAGUGUUAUCGGCACCUGUGCUUCGUGCCAUCACGACCUUAGCCCUGUUGUGGGGUUGGAAAGUUUGGUUGGCCAUUACGCUGAUUGGGUUCUCAGGCAUGUUGCACCCUGGUGAGUUUUUGAACCUGGUCAGACAAGAUUUGGUUUUCCCCAGAGAUGCGAUGGUGGACAGUCGCGUCAUGUAUGUGCACCUGCGGAACCCAAAGACAGCCAGGUUCGCUAGGCGACAGCACUGCCGUAUAGACGAUCCUUUGAUGAUUCAGUUUUUGGAAUCAGUUUUUGGCCGUCUCAAACUUUCAGCCAAGCUCUAUGACGGGUCUGCCUACUCAUAUCGGCGACAGUGGGACUCUAUAAUGCAGAAGCUUGAAAUUCCCUUUUCGCAGUCGCAAAAAGGGGUGACUCCCGGAGUUUUGAGAGGAUCCGGAGCCACCCACAUGUACCUUUGCACUGAAGAUGUUUCUAGAAUUGCGUGGAGAGGUCGGUGGACAAAGUUGAAAACUGUUGAGUUUUACUUGCAAGAAGUAGCAGCCCAGUUGCUACUUCAUCGGCUCUCGACCUCAGCCCGACGGCGCAUAGAAAUUUUUGCAAAGUACAGUGUCGAUCUACUGCUUUGGUUUGUGAGCUCCAAUGCGGAGCCCAAGGACUUCAGAGAACAGCUUCACAGCCUCUUUCUGGAGACCAACUGCCUUGAGAUUCAGACGGCAGGCCAGUUGGAGAAUCUCCGAGGUGUGGGAAAAAUGCCUGAAGAGUGUGCUAGAGAUCGUGGUCACAGUGAUGUGGUGUCUUGGUCACUUUGCUUCAACACCGAGAUGAUUCCCAGCAGCAAUUUCCGGGAAGUGGGAAGUGGACAACUCCAGGAAGUAUUUUGCUUCCUACUGGAUGGUCGUUGCGGUCGUCCUGUGGAUGCAGCAAGUUCAGAAGCUCAUCGAGGUCUCACAGCAGGAUGGACUCUUCAGGGCUACAACUGUAGCUUCCCGGCUGUGGCGCAGCAAGAUCUCACACUGAGGCCAUACGAUUUGUGCCUACCUGGAUGCCGUUGUGGGUCUUGUCGAGCUUUGCUCUUUUGACUUUGGUAUGCUUCUCCGUUGUCGGGCAAGUCUGGUGCUGGGAGAAAGGUAAUUGGGAUUCAAGGCUGUCAUACGUGGCCUCUUUCAUGAUGAUUGCAGUACCCGCCACUGUGGCUGUGCCUGUAGGCGUUGGGCUCCCUUGGUUCUGGCUGUGCAUGCAGAAACUGCAAAAGCACAAGUUGAUGCUGAGUCAGAUGGAGCACUUCGACAUUCGAAGUGCUGAGUGCACAGUGGAAAGUGACCGGAAAGUCAUCGAGGAACAGAUAUUAGACUUGUUCGAUGAAGCUUUGGAGCCUCCAGUUCAAGUCUCUUUCGGUGCAGAUGCUGCAGAUGCCGCAGAUGCCGCUGAUGCUCCUUUGAUGUCCCCAGAAGCGCUUAGAGACAUCCGUCACAUCACCAGCUACCCCACUCGCGAUGAAAUCUUGGAUCAGUUCAACACAUAUGUGAGGGGACCAUUGCGUGAAAGCGUUGAGGCAUCCAUCGGAAAAGAGGACUUUCUCCCUCUCAACUCCUGCAUCGCUGCUGUUUUGCCUUUGGUUUUGGGCGGCUUCACGGUUGCGCUUGGCUGUGAUGGCCGGGCUGAUUGUGAGCUGUCCGCCUCAAACUGGGGCUAUGCUUCGGUCACUGAGUACAUGCUUGGAAAUGCGUUUAUAAAUGGAAUACAGGGCCCAGUGUUUUGGAUCCUAACAUUUCCUUUGGGGCUACGAACCAGCUGCCUGGCAGCCCGAGCCUUCUCAAGUGGAAUCUGGCAGACGCUCGCGGGUGCAUCCAUGACUGCGGUGGUGCUAACUGCUUGCUCGUUUAGCUCGUCUUUUCAGUCAGUGUUGAUUCUCGUGGUCAUCAUCAAAUAUUCGACCAUAUGGUUGGGAGCCUGUGUGGCCAGCUUUGCUGUGGAGCUCUUUGCAUUUUGGCAUCUCUUCUUCAGGAACCCAGUUCGACACUCCUCACGUUCUUUUGUCGCUUCUGUGUCAAAACCUUGACAUCGAAGAUGCAGGGUG